AUGGCUUCCUAUGCCGUGCUCCUAAUUUCUGCUGCAGUCUGGACCCUAGGACUAACGCUUCCACUGCGGAAUGACGCUUCAGUGCUGAAUGUCGAAAUCCCCAAGCUUCGGAUUGAACGUGAUAUUGUUAAAGUGUUCAAACGCAAUAUCAGGUUAUGUGACAACUGCAAAUGGGAAAAAUCCAGCACUGGGAUAGUUAAUGUGCCCUAUGUCUUCUCUUCCUAUUAUACUGAUCUAGAAAAACAACAGAUUGUGUUCGCUCUGCAAGAGUUCUCUCUAAUGACCUGCGUACAGUUUAAAUACAGAACGAAUGAGUUAGACUACCUCUCAAUAGAGGAUGGGAUAGGCUGCUUGUCCUGGGUUGGAAGGAAAGGUGGUCUCCAGACUGUCUCCUUCAGUAGAAUGGAGUGUAUUCACUAUGGAAUAAUCCAGCAUGAAGCGAUGCAUAAUAUUGGCCUGAUGCAUGAACACACCAGGAUGGACAGAGACAGCCAUGUGGACAUAAUAUGGCAAUACAUCUCUAAACCCUAUCAGAGAGAUUUCCAGAAGUUCGAUGGGAAACUACUGGAUCUCCCUUAUGAUUACUCCUCCGUGAUGCAUUAUAGAAAAGAUACUUUCACUAACACCACUGGGAAGUCCACAAUCGUUACCAAACCAAAUCCCAGUGUACCCAUCGGACAGAGAUACGGACUCAGUAACCUGGAUGUGAAGAAGAUAAAUAAAUACUACGACUGCACUGUAUGCCGGACAAAGUUGCUGAGACCAUCGGGAAGACUCUCUUCCAGUGACGUAGCUGCGGAGGAGCAGAGUGACAGCUGUCUGUGGCUCAUACAAGUUCCUUAUGUGAAGGUCCUUCUUCAAGUUGAAUCAUUUAAUUGUUUGUCCGGCACGUGUUCUGCUGCAAUCAAUGUGUAUGACGGAGUGAAUACUGAAAGCCCUCUUUUAGCGAGGUUCAGUCCUGGGACGUCUUUUCCACUUUUAAUGUCCUCUGGUAAAUUUAUUUUGGUGGAAUAUAGACGUGAUAAUUCCACAACCAGCACGUUUGACGCAUCUUUUAGAGCAGUAUUGUUCGGUGCCACUCUGACCAAAGAUAAUGGGACCGUGGUCUCCCCUAAAUACCCCAGCUUUUACCCCAACAAUGUUAAUGGCACAUGGAUCAUCAUAGCGCCCCCUGGAUAUUCGGUGUCCCUGACCUUUCCAGUGUUUAACGUUGAGUCAUCGCCAUCGUGCUCCACUGACUACUUGGCGAUUUUAGAUGGCGGUGGUGUUACUGCGCCCGUCCUCGGCACUUAUUGUGGUAAAAUAUCCGGACUGAAGUUAAAGUCCAGCGGACAAAUGAUGGUACUCCAUUUCUCCAGCAACCUCAAAGUCAACAAGCAUGGCUUCCAGGCGAAGUAUUCCUUUGUGUCUACAGGAUGAAGAAACGGCAUGGUAUAUACAUCCACCUUCUAGUGACACACCUGAGUAUAUGUACUAACCAGCAGCGUGCCUUCUGUAGCCAGAGUUAUAGCAUCUUCCGCAGUAUUACAUCAAAUAUUUAUUAUACAGCUUUUUAUUUCAAGUUUUACAAAGGCGAAACAGUGCUGGUACAUUUGACUGCAGUGCACUGUUAUACAUCAAUUGGAGAUAUGAGAAUAGUGUUUAUUUUGUUGUCCCUUGUUAUUUGUAACACACUUGUGAUAUGUUUAUAAGACGUUUAUA